AAUGUUUGAAUAGAAAAAGUACUUUUUAUUAAGUAAAUUAUUUAACUUUGAAAUAUUUAACAGAUUCAUUUAGUUUUGUAAAGCUUCGAUCGCCUUUUGUAUUUCGCGCUUUCCGACUGGGUUCGACUUGCAGGGAUAUUGUAGAUUUGCACGUAAACGCAAAACUGCUGCGAUCUGCGCAACGCAAAUAUUCGCCGAGCUGGCUGUCAGUCACACUUCUUCUUUCUAUUAGAUCAUCACAAGUGAUUAUUUACGUUGAUCAGUUUGCUCCAUUCCCGUGAAUUGGCUUUUUAUCGCCACCAUUUGAAAUAUCGCACAUAAGAAUGGAUGAAUUUACAAAACCGUUUGCUUGUACAGCUUGUUCAAUGCGUUUCGUCAGUGAAGACCAUUUAGCGGUUCAUCAAAAGAAGCACGAUAUGAUGUUGAAUCUCGACAAUAGCUGUAAAAAUGAUGCAUUUAUAGUCGAUCAAACUCCAACACCAACCAGAUUUAUUCGUAAUUGCGAGGAGGUUGGACUUUUUCAAGAUUUGCAGCAUGAAAAUCCAUUUGAUGAGACAUUUCGAAGAGCUGUGGAAACUGGAAAAAAUGAAAUUAUAACACAACCGAAGGUAGAUUUUUCAGAAAGUCUCAAUACACCUGUGAUUCCACCACCUUCUGCGAAAGUCACAAAACGAACCUUUACGAACGUUGAGAUAAUUCCAAACGAUGAGACUGUGUCUACCGAAAAUAAAGUAGAAUCUAAAAUUGACAAUUUUGAAAAUAUCGGCCCUUCAUCGAAUGAGCUUGUCUCUUCAAACACACUUAUUUCAAAAACAUGUGAUACUUCGUUACCAUCGACGAAUACAACCUUUCGACCGGUUGAUAAUUCCGAAAUGCAAAUCAUAAUAACAACCUCAGAUGGUACAGUAUUGAAAGUAAUAACACCCCCAGUUGUUGAAGUAGCAGAAACUUCACAAAAUACAGUUGUAAACUCUGUUAGUGAUACAAUUUCAAAAGCGGAUAAUUUAAAAAAAAUCAGCGAAAAAAAUGAUGUCGAAAAAUUAUCCAUCGCUAAAAAGAAAUUAAAAGAAACCCUAGUCAGAAAUGGUGCUGUUUCGAAUAUUAAAAAGAAUGAAAUUAUUACCCCCAAGUCAAAUGUAGUUUUAGUUCAGCGUAAAAAAGAAAAACGUACAGUUGACGUUAAAAAACAAGCUAUUUUAGAAAGAAAUCGAGCCAGCUCAAUGCGAGCUCGUGCAAAAAGAAAAGCAUGGAUCGAACAAUUACAAAGCUCAUUGAAAAAAUCGAAUGAAGUGAAUGCCUCUUUACAAGCACAGGUGAAAAGUUUGCAAAAUCAAGUAGAAAAAUUGAAGUCAUUGCUAUUAGCUCAUAAAGACUGUCCAUUGAACAUUGUUGAACAAGAAAAAAUAGUCAAUCCAAUCAUUGUGCCUGUACAGACGACUAAUCAAAUAAAAGAAACGCCGAUCGUGGUAUUAUCUUCCUCACCUGUGAAGCGGCCCACCACAGAAGCAAUGGAUUCGACUACGAAAAAACCGUUGACUGCAACAAAAGUGCCGGUCAUAUUGCCGAAAAUAAAAUCAAAUGAUAAUACUAUUACUCUUCACGGAGCAAGUGGAUCCGCGUCAAUACCGAAUGUUCAAUUAGUAGCACCUAUCGCGACAGUUCCUGACAGUGGCAAUAAAAUAGUAGGAUUUCUCACGGCAGGCAAUCAAAAAAUUGCUCUAGUACAAAAAAAUGCUUCGCAAAAUGUUAGUGCGAGCGACGUUUUUAAAGCUUCGGAUCCUUGAUAUUAAAAAAUGAAAUUAGUUAUAGUGGUAAUUAUAGCGAAAGAUAUAAUUUUCUACAACAAGGAAAUACCGUGAUUUUCAAGGAUUUGGAAAACUCUAAUUUUACUUUAAAAUAGCGUAUUUUGUUAUAAAAUAAGAAACGAAAUCUCUGUGAAUGUAUAUAAA